AUGACUUUCGGGCGACCGACGAUGAUUUCCAACAACUGGGAUGUCCCUUUACCAGCCUUGAUCGAUGACGAGUAUCUGCGUACUGAAGGUGUAGGUCAACAGCCCCCAGAAAUUCCUUCGAGACUGGGCUUGCUUGUCUCCUCGUCAAAUUUAUUUACCAUUUUGGACGAGAUACUUGCGUCAUUAUAUUCGGAAAAUCUCCGAAAUAGUCUCAACGAAAUGCUCCAAGAUGACACUCGUGUUCAAGAGAUGAUUUUGGGCGUCCUAAUACUGAACCGCCGUCUGGAAGCAUUUGUGAGCACCAUUCCAGAAUGUAUUCGUGGUGCUAUUGCCACGAAUCGCGUGCCGCAAGAGCAAGUCACCAGUGUACAGAUUCAAGAGCAGGUGCUAUUCUGCAGGUUUGGACGCUGA